AUGUCAACCCCAAUAAGCCGCGACAUAUCCCUAGGGGGUACGACCUCCAUCCUGGUCAUCAUAAUCUGCGUUCUUUCAGUACUGGUACUCUUCCGUCCCACAUGCACCCAGUCCCAUCCCAAAGGAUGUCUCCGACUCGGCCUCUCAGAGGGAAAAAGCAAUCUCGACGAUGAAUUCGACCCAAAAUACAACACAGGCGUGCCAAAUGAAUACGACGCCAAAGGCCGCCCAACCUGGCGCGUCAAAGCACUAUUCACCUACCCGCUUAAAUCAUGCGGCGGCAUCGAACUCCAAGCCUCUGAAGUCGUUCCCACAGGCCUAGAGUUCGACCGCCAAUUCGUCUUCGCUGAAAACACCACCGAUGGCUGGAAUUGUCGUACCCUGCGAAACGCAGGCUUCCAGCGUCUCGCUCUGAUCCAUCCCGAGAUCUGGGUUCCUGACCCUUCAUCACCAGACUAUGACUCAACCAUCCAAGGCGAGAUGAUAAUCUCAUACCCGCGCCUGGUACCACCAGGACAUAUGGGCGUAUUGAUGAAACUAGCCAUGGCCAUGAACAUCCUCAAUUCACGCCGAAAGUUCAGAGUCCCCCUCUUCCCACCCAGUGAAACCAAAUUCCCACUCCUCCCAGUCCGAAUCUGGAAAGACAAGCCUUUGGCCUGGGACUACGGUUCUCUCCUCCCACCAACAUUACACACCUACCUAGGCUUCAGUCCGGCCGAAUCCCCACUAACACUCCUCCGCGCAAAUCCAAGCCACCUACGCCAAAUUUACCGCAACGCACCCUGCGCACAGGACAUUGGCUUUCAGCCAACCACUGCAUUCGCGGACGCAUACCCAAUUCACCUACUUAACCUAAGCAGCCACCAGGACGUGGCGAUGAAAUGUGCAUACGCGAUUCCAACACUAAGUAUUCGGCGAUUCCGUGCGAAUAUAAUUACGCAAGGUCCUGGGGCCUUCGACGAAGAUAGUUGGAAGAGGAUUGAGAUUGGAGGAGUUGAGAUUCACGCUGCGUGUCGGACUGUACGGUGUCGGUUGCCGAAUGUGGAUCCUGACUCUGGGGAACGACAUGGUGUAGAGCCGGAUCGGACAUUGAAGGCUUAUAGACGCAUUGAUGAGGGGGAUAGGACAAAUGCGUGUCUUGGAAUGCAGCUUGUUCCGGCUGUGGAGCGGUGGAGGGUGAUUUGUGGGGAUGAGGUUGUUGUGUUGGAGAGGGGAGAGCAUCGGUAUAUUAAGAUGUUGGCGCCUGGGGAGGCUGUUGAGGGGGUUUAA